GUGAGUGAGUGAGUGUGCGCGCUCCCCGUCUCCAAAAACAUUUACGCAUCGCAGCAGUGUUCCGCCUGCCUCUCACUCCUCACCGUCAUCUUACUACAAACAGCAGCCGGCUCUCUCCACUCCGAAGGACCGGGAGGACAAGUCCGUGCGGAGCAGCGUCUGUCCCAAACCACCGUGCUUUGCAUGCGGUGAGCAAUUAAAGCGGGAGAGGAAGAGGAGGAGGACGGAAGUUUAUCCCCCCCUCCUGUCUGUCUCUCUGGUGGAGAGCGCAGGGCGCAACGGGACUGAAUGGUUGAGCCCAGCCCUCCAGCACUUCACAUUCACUCCAGUGGGGAUGUCAACAUGGCAGGCGUUGGUGUCAAAGUAGAACGUGAAGACUCUGGGGGAGGGGCUGCAGUGGAUACCAGCGUCGAACUUCGUAAGACGUCUCCUUUGCGUGAUUGGUCAGGAACUCAGCCCCUCGAGGCUCGCCAGUUGACCCCACCACUGUCUCGCUCCCCUUCAGAGGGAUCUCCAGGUAAGGACCUGCCUCACAGACAGAGCCCCAUGGGACUGAAGGAACCUAGGAUGCAUGAUCGAUCAGAGGGACAAUCCAACUUGAAAGAAGUGAUGCCUACCAUUGAGAAGCUGCUGAAUGCUGACUGGAAGGACAAACUCCUGGAUAAAAGCACAGUGGGGUCAGGACAGCUGAAAGGUACCCCCGAAUCUCUGGCAGAGAAGGAGCUCCAGCUGUUGAUGAUGAUCAACCAGCUGAGUGGUCUGAGGGAGCAGCUCCUGGGAGCCCACUCUGAGCAGAGAAACAUGGCCGCCCUGUUGCUGGAGAAACAGCAGCAGCAGAUGGAGCUGGCUCGGCAACAGCAAGAACAGAUCGCCAAGCAGCAGCAGCAGCUCAUCCAGCAGCAGCACAAGAUCAACCUGCUUCAGCAGCAGAUCCAGCAGGUGAACAUGCCCUAUGUGAUGAUUCCAGCUUUCCACCCCACCACCCAACCCCUCCAGGUCAACUCUGACCCCCAGAUGACCUUGCCACUGCAACCGAUCCCCUGCAAGCCGACUAUGGACUACUCCAUGCAGCUACUGUCAAACACUCACCCCACCCCCGUGAAGAGAAGCAGUGGUUCCCUCCGACAGGAAGCUAGUCAGCCCUUGAACCUGACCUCCAAGCCCAAGGGUCUGGAGCUGGGGAAGACACCCAGUCCACAGAGCCUGGAGCUGGGAUCACUGGCGCUGCAGGGGGCAUACAGACCCAGAGAUCUCCAGAGAGAGAUCUCCCACAGUCCACCUCGAUCUGCGCUCAGUUUCCUGGGAGACGGCGACGUGGUCACCCAGGCUAUCCACGAUGCCCAGCAGCUCCUGAGGAGCCACGGCAGUGCGGGGCGGGAGAGGGACAGGGACCGGGAGAGAGAAGUUGGUGGAAAGGCGGAGUUUAAGGUUUCUCCUCGCAAUGAGAGGAUGUCUCAGAGUGAGAGAGGUGAGGACAGACAUGGCCUGCCGUCCACUGAGGACCACCUCAGCAGUGAUUCUGAGGGUACCCUGAACGUUUCGGUCCCAGGCGGCUACGCUGAGGCACGGCCGCCUCCCUCCUCAGGCCACAUAAAGAGACCCAUGAAUGCCUUUAUGGUGUGGGCCAAGGACGAGCGCAGGAGGAUCCUGCAAGCUUUCCCCGACAUGCACAACUCCUCCAUCAGCAAGAUCCUGGGCUCGCGGUGGAAAGCCAUGUCUAACCAGGAGAAGCAGCCUUACUACGAAGAGCAGGCGAGGCUGAGCAGGCAGCAUCUGGAGCGCUACCCCGACUACAAAUACAAACCCCGACCCAAACGGACCUGCAUAGUGGAGGGACGACGGCUGCGGGUGGGCGAGUACAAGGCCAUGAUGAAGAGCCGCCGGCAGGAACAGAGAGGGACCUACGGGCACAGUCAAACGGAGCCACAGCAGAUCCAUUACCCCCACAGCGAUGGCCAGUACCCGGGGGGUAGCAGCUCGGUCUCUGUCGCUACCAUGCCUUUUCACCCCGCGCUACUGGAGCAUUACCUGCCGCAAGUCCCGCCUGUUCCUCGCAGAGCUGAGGGACAGGCCACGCCCACCUCUCUGCCUAGGGAGAGAGAGAGGGAACGCGAGAGGGAGCGACCGCCAUACAGCGAAGGAGAGGAAAGUGAUGGGGGAGAGAGGAGUGAGGGGGAACUGGUGCUCCUUACGGACUAAAAAAAGGCAACUGGGAGAGGACCCAGGAAAAC